AUGAUUCAACAAACCCGUUUCGCCCACGAUCUUGCUAAGCUGCUCACACCACUCCCAUGCCGUGCUCCCAACAGCACGCACGAGGCUGGCCCCUCUCAACCUGAUGUAACAUCCUGGUACAAUACCUCUGGGGUCACAGUCGCUGCCGCCACUUCAUCAGCAGCGGCUCACGACGCCAACAUUUGUCACGCCGAAUGGGGCGCCAGACAACUUCCCAGUGGACCAACUCCCGAUGCAGAGACGCUCUUCCAAGCCUGUUCCAUCUCCAAGCCCUUCCAGAGCCUGGCUAUUCUCCACUACAUCAGUGAGGGGGCCAUCUCGAGCCUCGAUGACCCCGUCAAGCUGUAUCUAUCGGAGGCGACAUACCGCACGCUCCUCGACACUUCGAUCCGAAGGGGUAUGCCGGAGAAACUGGCCGCCCAGAUGCUCGACAGGAUGACCAUCACGCAACUUCUCUCGCACACGGCGGGCACAUCGGCCUCGGGCUUCCUGGGCUACCCGGAGACGAGCAGCCGUGUGCUCUCAACGACAGAGAUCCUGAAGGGUGGGUUCGGCAAUGCAAACAGCCCGGCUGUGUACGUCCACGCCCUACCUGGGGUGCAGUUUGAGUACUCUGGCGGCGGUUCAACGAUCCUGCAGGCCAUGCUGGAGAACAUCGGUGCCGGUGACGGCUUCGGCUCGUUUGCGGAGCUGAUGAAGGCCAAGGUCCUGGAGCCGUUGGGCAUGAUGAGGUCCUUUUAUUGUGGCGGUGUGCGCCUCCCAGAGGACGAGGGGAACUACGCCACAGGCUAUCAAAACGGUGUGCAUGCCCUGGAGGCUGGCGAGUAUCACGUCCAUCCAGAGCAAGGUGCUGCUGGGCUUUGGACGACGUCUGUGGAUCUCGUCAAGGGCAUAACAGGCUUCGCUCACACGCUGCUCGGAACUGCCUCGGCCAUCAAGCUGAACGGAAAGCCGUGGAUCCGACCAGAAGUGGCCCAGGUCAUUCUGCAGAAGCGGUCAGAGCUUGGGCAUGGGGAGACUACGUACUACUGCGGCUUCGGUGUCGCCUUCUUCGAUGGGGAAGACGAGUUUGCGAGGGAUGAGCACCUUGUGAGGAUCUCACAUGCCGGGGGAAACCAUGGCUAUCGAUGCUGGGCGGCAGCUGUGCUUCCACUUCCCGACAAGAUCGAUGCGAGUCAAAAGGAUAAUAUCGCCAUUCAUGCACAAGCAAUCAUGACGGACUCUAACUAUGGCGGAGAAAUUGUGGGUCCACUGAUGGCCGCCAUCAGCGAGAUGCUCGACAGCCCUCUCGGACCAGGAGGGUUGGCCACGUACGGAGAAUUCACGCCCUUUAUUGCUCUCGAGGAGGAGACCAUAGCGGCAGAGCCCAGCUUGGAUGCGUACGAGGGAGAGUGGGAGAUCAAGGACAGGUCUCAGACGCUACGUAUCGUGACGAGGCCGAAGCCGGUUGUCAUAUUCAGCCACCUGCAGGAUGUUGAGCUGCCACUCUGGGCGGUGGCAGCGAGGAGAGGUCCUGGCUUUGUGAGGCUGCGCGCCAGUUCUUUGGAUGUGGUCCUGGAUUUUGGGGCCAAGAAGGGCGACGGUGAGGCAUCGUUAACACUCUGUACUGCUGGCUCCAGGAUCAAGUGCUCCAAGCUGCGCUCAGGACAGUAA